GGGCGCGGUCAGCGGACGGGGCGGACCAUCGGCCGCCGGGUCCUAGCGCCCGCCCCCCGCCGGUAUCAGCGGGGCCGUUGCGGGGAGAGCCCUAUUGCCUUGGAAUCGCAGCGGGCUGUGACGAGCCGCCCGCGGGGGACCCCGGGGUGAGCGCACAGCCGAGGUGCGCGGCCCCGAGCCCCAGUGCAGGCGCAGCCAGCCCGGCCCCGCGCAGGCGCAGGCGGCUGUCAUGGCGGAGAAGGGGCAGAAGAGCGUCAAGAUCGCGCCGGGGGCCGUGGUGUGCGUGGAGAGCGAGAUCCGCGGGGACGUGACCGUCGGGCCCAGGACGGUGAUCCACCCCAAGGCCAGGAUCAUCGCCGAAGCAGGACCUAUUAUCAUCGGGGAAGGCAACCUGAUCGAGGAGCAGGCCCUCAUCGUCAAUGGGUAUCCGGAAAAUAUUACUCCAGAAACUGAAGAGGUGGAGCCCAAACCCAUGGUCAUCGGCACCAACAAUGUUUUUGAAGUUGGGUGUUAUUCCCAAGCAAUGAAGGUAGGAGAUAACAAUGUCAUCGAAUCCAAAGCGUUUGUUGGCAGGAACGUGAUCCUGACGAGUGGCUGCAUCAUCGGGGCCUGCUGUAACAUCAACACCUAUGAGGUGAUCCCCGAAAACACGGUCAUCUACGGGGCUGACUGCCUCCGCCGCGUCCAGACCGAGCGGCCGCAGCCCCAGACGCUGCAGCUGGAUUUCCUGAUGAAGAUCUUGCCAAACUACCAUCACCUAAAGAAGACCGUGAAGGCCACAUCCACUCCUGUCAAGAGCUGAGCAUCUCCUGCUGCUGGUGGCUGAUGAGAGGGGGUGUCAUCUGGUACUGGGAAGCAUUCUGUGGCCCUAGGAAGCAGCUAGUCAUUCCAUCUUUGGGAAAAAACCAAAUACCAUCUUGAUUAUCUGUCUCCGUCAUUUAUAUUCCGCCCAGCGCCUCGAGUCCGCUGUGGAUCAGUUGUCUCUCAUGCACUAACUCAAUUGUACAUGCUCUGUUUUGGGAAUAAAAUGCUGCCUGCUCUUCUGUCAAGGA